UUUUUUCUUUUCACUUUCCCUGUUUUUUCCUCCUCUUCGACUGGAUCGACUGGGACCGACUGGAGCAUGAUCACGGUCCCAUCACAAGAGAUCGUGACCUUCCUCGGUAAUCAUCUCGAUCAUGUUCUGCAACGGACUGGGACUAAUUUUCUGAGUUCUGUCGCGGCAGAUCGGGAGUUCCGAGCAGGAUGUGCUAUCAUGGACGUGUUAAAUGCAGUGGAAUCUGUUCAGGUCAACCUCCGUGGUCUUUUAACACAAAAGAACAAGAACAAAGGCAAGGGCAAUGGUGAUGAGAAUGCAAAGUCUUUAAAAGGAACUCGACAAUCUCCAGAGCGCCACACAUCGGAAGUCAGAGUCAUGUCAUUGUACUUGUUACAUUGUCUUUAUAGUUAUCUGCCUGUUCAUCAGAAUCCGUUCUUGUGCUUGUUUGUCGACAUUUACAACGGCACCUCACUGGAUGGGGACCUAAAAUCGGAACGGUUUGUCACAAGUGUCAUCUUGAAUGGCAAAGGAGAAGAACUCGCGCCAAAGACACCUUCAGAACUCAUUGCAUUAGCACAAAAGGUCGAAUCACGUCCUGUUAAUCUGAGGAUGCUGGAAGAGUAUCUUCCCGAGGUGCCGGUUGAGGAACAAGUCAAGGUUGGACUUGGAUGGGAUAGUCAACAGAAGAAAUCAGAUGACAAAAAACGACUCUGGGAAACAUCAUUUGCUAUCCCAGUCGUAAUAACAACAGGACCAGGCUCGUCAUCGUCCUCUUCUACCUCUGAAGCAACGACAGGAGCUUCAUGGAGUCGAUAUGAUCGCAAGAGAGAAGAGAUCGAUCCAUUGAAUAACCCUGUUCACUCAAGAAAGAAUGAGCUAAAUGAACGUGAUGAGAAAGAGAAUGAGAAUGAGAAAGAGAAAGAGAAAGAGAAAGAGAAAGAGAAAGAGAAAGAGAAAGAGAAAGAGAAAGAGAAAGAAGAAAAGGAGGAGAAGGAGGAGGAGGAGAAGGAGGAGGAAGAGCUGGAGGAAUGGGAGAUUGAGGCAGAAAGACGGUUCCAGGAUUCGGAUGUGGAUGAUGCUCCCUCAUUACCGUCACCUGCCAAGAAAAAAUCAGCGGCAAAGAGUUUAAAGCCAAGUGGUUCUUUUCCUGUACCUGUGUCUGCAUUUGUACCUGUGCCUAUACCUGAACCUGUGGUGAGCGCAGCAGUAUCAAAGAAGAUGAGUCCAACCCUUGAAGUUGUUGGACAGGUGGCAGAGCAGGAUCAAUUUAAGCGGCGGAGAAAAAUGUGGUCAAGGAAGUAAAUUAUGUAAAAGAGAACGUUACAUGAUCAGAGAAUUGUCAGUUAUCAC